GUGAGUUUCCAGCAGUAGCUGCAGCCUGUCCUCUCCUCUUCUGUCCUCUCCUGUCUGCUCCCUUGCAGCUUGCUCCUGCUGAUCCUGCGGCCCUCCUCCUCUCCCCUCCCUUCCCUGUACCUGGGCAUCAUGCCCCGGCCUCAGUGGCCCAGGAGAUGCAGGGUCCCCGGGGUGCCCCCUCUCUGCAGCCUGGCGCUGCUCCUCCUCUGGCAGCUGGUGAGGACCCAGGCGGCAGCUGACCCUGUUGACAUUUUGAAGGGCUUGAAAUUUCACACACAACCCGAGGGUGUAAAGAAGACCUCUGGCCUUUGUCCGGCCCGCCGUUCAAGCACUGGUGGAGAUGUGGCCUACAAGAUUUCAAAGCAAGCUCAGAUUAGCGCCCCCACGAGGCAGUUAUUCCCAGGUAAAUUCCCAGAGGACUUCUCCAUUAUGGCCCUUUUCCGGGCGAAGAGUGGGACGCAAGCCUUCCUCCUGUCUAUAUACAACGGGGAUGGAAUCCAGCAGAUCGGAGUGGAGGUGGGACGCUCUCCUGUCUUCCUGUAUGAAGACCAGCACGGAAAUCCAAAACCUGAAGACUAUGCUUUAUUCAGCGGGGUCAAUCUGGCCGAUGGAAAAUGGCAUCGCAUUGCUCUGAGCGUACAGAAGAAGUCCGUCACUUUAAUACUGGACUGUAAGAAGAAGAUAACGAAGCCACUCCCGCGAGGGAACAAGCCCAUUGUCGACACUAAAGGAAUCACUGUAUUCGGAAUGAGGUUUUUGGAUGAAGAAUCAUUUGAGGGUGACAUUCAGCAACUACUUGUGGCAAGCAAUGCCCAGGCAGCUUACGACUACUGUGAACACUACAGUCCGGACUGCGACUCUGCACUGCUGAACACGCCGCAAGCCCAGGACCCCAAUACCAGGCAAGAUUAUACAGAGGAAGAGGUGGAGUAUUACGAGUAUCCAUACUAUUAUGACAAUAAGGAGGAAGGGACGCCUAACCCACCUACCGAAAUCAGUGCCCCCGAGGGGGACACAGUGGAGAAGGACCCUGCCCCUCCUUCUGAACCUAUCAUGACCCCUGAACCCGCCUUGUUAGAGCAAAGCCUUGAUUACACUGUAUCACCAUACGAAGAGGAGGCUUAUGGGGCUUGGGAGGAAGAGCCCACGCCUGAAACUAAACCUGAUCCACAGGAAAAGGAACAACCUCCUUCUACAGAUGUCAAAGGUAGCGAUUCCUUCACAGCGGAGUAUGUAACCGGAGAGGAGGAAAAUCCAACUGUCGGUCUGGACUAUGAGUAUGUGUACAAGGAUUAUCAUGAGGGCUCGGAGAGUUCACAACUUGGCCCAGUCCUCUCUGCAGAGACUCCUGAGAGUGGAGGUGCCAUCAGCGGGCCCCGUGGGGUGAAAGGAGAUAAAGGAGAACCUGCUGUCAUAGAGUCAGGAAUGCUGGUUGAAGGUCCACCAGGACCAGAAGGGCCCGCUGGGUAUUCAGGUCCCCCUGGAACACAAGGCCAUCCUGGACCUGUUGGUGACCCUGGAGAGAGGGGUACCCCAGGUCGGCCUGGUCUCUCUGGAGCCAACGGGUUGCCUGGACCACCUGGUAGCUCUGUUAUGCUUCCGUUCCGAUUUGGAAGCAGCGGUGGUGACAAAGGCCCUGUAGUGGCCGCACAGGAAGCUCAAGCAGCAGCUAUAUUACAGCAGGCCAGACUGGCUUUACGUGGGGCCCCAGGACCAAUGGGUUACACUGGAAGAUCUGGACCUUUGGGUCCACCAGGAAGUCCUGGAACAAAGGGGGAAGGUGGAGAUCUUGGUCCUCAGGGGCCAAGAGGACCACAGGGCUUGUCCGGACCUCCAGGAAAAGCAGGAAGACGAGGUCGCUCUGGUGCUGAUGGGGCUCGUGGUCUGCCUGGUGAAUUUGGCAGCAAGGGUGACAGGGGGUUCGAUGGACUGCCUGGAUUGCCAGGAGAGAAAGGCAACCGGGGAGAUUCUGGAACUCAGGGUCCUCUGGGUCCACCAGGAGAAGAUGGAGAGAGGGGAAGUGAUGGAGAGGUCGGACCCCGUGGACUUCCCGGUGAACCAGGAGUCCGGGGACUGCUUGGACCUAAAGGCCCACCUGGCAACCCAGGCUCAAAUGGAGUAAGAGGUAUGGACGGGCCAGUGGGACAGAAGGGAAAUCUGGGUCCACAAGGUGAGCCAGGCCCUCCUGGACAGCAAGGAACUCCAGGCACACAAGGUCUUUCUGGGCCACAAGGUCCUGUGGGUCCACCAGGAGAGCAGGGCCCUCUGGGCAAGCCUGGCCUUCCCGGAAUUCCAGGCUCUGAUGGACCUCCCGGUCAUCCUGGCAAAGAGGGUUAUUCAGGCACCAAGGGAAACCAGGGUCCACUUGGUCCACAAGGUUCAAUUGGUUAUCCUGGUCCUCGAGGUGGAAAGGGAAUUGACGGAAUCAGGGGCCUUAAAGGACACAAAGGAGAGAAGGGUGAAGAGGGUUUCACAGGGUUCAAAGGGGACUUUGGUAUAAAAGGUGAUAAGGGUGAGGGCGGAGUCCCAGGCUCAAGAGGUGAGGAUGGCUCUGAGGGCCCUAAGGGAAGAUCCGGCCCCCCUGGUGACCCAGGUCCCCUUGGAUUGUUGGGUGAGAAGGGCAAGCUGGGUGUUCCAGGUCUGCCAGGCUACCCAGGACGUCAGGGGACGAAGGGAUCUCUCGGCUUCCCAGGAUUCGCAGGGGCCAACGGAGAGAAGGGAGCAAGGGGUUUGUCUGGAAAAUCAGGUCCAAGAGGAGAGAGGGGCCCUUCGGGACCCAGAGGACAAAGAGGGCCAAGAGGAGCCACUGGAAAAUCAGGACCAAAGGGUACAUCUGGUGGUGAUGGUCCAUCAGGGCCACUGGGAGAGAGAGGUCUUCCUGGACCGCAAGGUACUAAUGGGUUCCCAGGACCAAAAGGACCUCCUGGUCCUCCUGGUAAAGAUGGAAUCCCUGGACAUCCUGGACAGAGAGGAGAAGUGGGUUUCCAAGGUAAAAUGGGAACCACCGGACCUCCAGGUGUUGUGGGACCACAGGGUAAUGCAGGAGAAUCUGGUCCUAUGGGAGAGAGAGGACAUCCCGGCCCACCUGGACCACCAGGAGAGCAGGGGUUGGCAGGCCCAUCUGGAAAAGAAGGUACCAAGGGAGACCCUGGAUCCCUUGGUGUUCCUGGUAAAGAUGGACCUGCUGGUUUAAGAGGUUUCCCCGGAGAAAGAGGCCUACCUGGUACACCAGGUGGUCCAGGUCUAAAGGGUAAUGAAGGUCCAGCAGGUCCACCUGGCCCUGCAGGAUCUCCCGGAGAAAGAGGUGGACCAGGCCAAGGUGGACCAAUUGGGCUUCCUGGGCGACCAGGCCCUCAGGGACCAGCAGGUGCAGCCGGAGAAAAGGGUGUACCAGGAGAGAAAGGACCAAUUGGCCCCGCAGGUAGAGAUGGUUUGCAAGGGCCCGUGGGUCUUCCUGGACCAGCUGGACCUCCUGGUAUCUCUGGAGAAGACGGUGACAAGGGUGAAGUUGGAGAGCAUGGCCCAAAAGGUGGCAAGGGUAACAAGGGAGAGCAUGGUCCUCCGGGUCCACCUGGUCCUAAUGGCCCUGUGGGACAGCCAGGUACUCCGGGUGCUGAUGGAGAGCCUGGUCCACGUGGGCAGCAGGGAAUAUUUGGAGCAAAAGGAGAUGAAGGUACUCGUGGAUUCCCAGGAUCUCCUGGACCUAUCGGGCUGCAGGGAUUACCAGGACCAGGUGGAGAAAAGGGAGAGACUGGUGACGUUGGACCUAUGGGCCCACCCGGACCUCCUGGACCACGUGGCCCUGCUGGCCCAUCUGGAGCUGAUGGUCCACAAGGUCCUCCUGGUGGAAUUGGAAACUUGGGACCUUUAGGAGAGAAGGGUGAACCUGGUGAGACAGGCGAGCCUGGCAUCCAAGGAGAACUUGGGCCUAAGGGGCCACGUGGAGACAGAGGAGAAAAGGGAGAGUCUGGCCAAUCUGGUGACGCUGGACCUCCAGGUGGAAAAGGACCUAUGGGUGACGAUGGACCCAAAGGAAACCCAGGUCCUGUAGGUUUCCCUGGAGAUCCUGGCCCCCCUGGAGAGAUGGGACCUAGAGGACAAGAUGGCGCAAAGGGUGAAAGAGGAGAAGAUGGAGAACAAGGAGAGGCGGGAUCUCCUGGUCCAACUGGUGAGAAUGGACCCCCUGGACCUCUUGGCAAGAGAGGCCCUGCUGGUCCACCUGGUCCUGAAGGACGUGGAGGGGAAAAAGGAGCUAAGGGAGAGAAUGGAGCUUUGGGACCUCAAGGAAAGACAGGAGCUGUUGGACCUCAGGGAACUGCAGGAAAACAAGGUCCUGAAGGACUGAGAGGCUUGCCUGGUUCUGUGGGUGAACAAGGCCGUCCUGGUGCAACAGGUCAAGCCGGACCACCAGGUCCAGUGGGACCUUCUGGGUUGCCAGGCUUGAAGGGGGAUGGUGGAGCUAAAGGAGAGAAGGGUCACCCUGGACUUAUCGGUCUUAUUGGACCUACUGGAGAGCAAGGAGAUAAAGGAGACAGAGGCCUUCCAGGGCCACAUGGGUCAAAUGGACAGAAAGGAGAGCCUGGUAUUGCUGGUGUCACUGGUCCUAUCGGUCCAGGUGGAUCUGCUGGCUCUCCUGGUUCUCCAGGUCCUAAGGGAGCUAAAGGAGCCACGGGACAAGCUGGACCCAAGGGACAGAAGGGUAUACAAGGUCCUCCUGGAGCUCCGGGCCCACCAGGGGAAGCCAUCCAGCCUUUGCCCUUCCAGAUGCCCAAGAAAAACAAACGUUCCAUUGACGCCAGUCAGUUUAUGGCAGAAGAGCCGGCCGUGGAGUAUACCGAUGGCAUGGAGGAAAUCUAUGGCUCUCUUAAUGCUAUAAAGAAGGACAUUGAGUCAAUCAAGGCACCAAAGGGUACAAAGGAACACCCGGCUAGGACAUGCCAGGACCUUCAACUGUCCAAUCCAGAUCUUCCAGAUGGUGAAUACUGGAUCGAUCCAAACAAGGGCUGCGCACGGGACUCCUUCAAGGUCUUCUGUAACUUCACUGCAGGGGCCGAGUCUUGCAUCUUCCCCAGCAAGCGCAUCGAGAAGGUGAAGAUGUCUCCCUGGAGCUCUGAGAAGAAAGAGACUUGGUACAGCAAAUUCAGGAGUGGUAGUAGGUUCUCUUAUGUGGACCUAGACGAUAACCCCAUUGGAGUUGUCCAAUUAACCUUCCUUCGCCUGCUAAGUGUGGGUGCUCGUCAGAACUUCACUUAUCACUGCCAUCGCUCUGCUGCCUGGCACCUGGCCUCGGGUGACACCUAUCAAAAGGCAUUGCACUUCAUGGGCUCCAAUGAUGAGGAUCUCUCCUUCCACACAAGUCCAUACAUCAAGGCCCUCAGAGAUGGCUGUGCGGCAAGGAAGGGCACAGACAAGACAGUAUUAGAGGUUCACACCCCUCUUGUGGAUCAGCUUCCUUUGAGAGACGUUAUGUUCAUGGACUUUGGAGAACCCAACCAGAAAUUUGGCUUUGAAGUGGGACCUGUAUGUUUUCUGGGCUGAGGCAAAACAGAACUAGAGACAUCCCCCCUACCUAUUUGUAUCCCUUUCUGAAAAUAAAGAAAAGGAGAAGCCCCCUCCCAUUUAUUUCUGUACACCAGUAUUGAAGAAGCUCAGCUGAGGAGCAGAAAUAAAGCCCCUCCAACAAGGUGGAUCAAGAGACCAAAAGAACCUGGUUCAACAUGUGACAAUGACAUAAAGCUGGGUGGAUCUUCUGAUGACCAAAGAAAGAGUUUAUCAUAGACUUUUUAGCUAGAAUUAUUUGAGGCUUUUUUUUUUAAAUAAAAGGUAAAAAAAACACCAUUCCCGUGCAGAAAACAUAUAAAAUGGUGUUAAUGUCCUACCAAAAUCUACAUAGAGGAUAUUGUGAGCCACUUCUUUCACCCAUACAGAGCUGUCUCUCUCUUUACAUUUUCUUUAAAGCUCUUACG